AGAGUAAGAAAACACCAAAAGGCGUGGCUCCCUCCGUUAUAGUGACACCUUUCAGAAAAUUCGAGUAAACAAGAAAAAACAAGAACAGGUUGAUCAGAGAGAGCCAAAGACUCAUCAUGGAGGUCCGUCCCAAUCCCACGGCGGACAACUCGUCGGCGCCGCCGCAGCGUACCCAAAGCAAUUCCUCUCAGAAAAAGCCGCCGGCUACUCCCAUCCCCGUUGAUUCCUCCUCCGUUUCUCAAAGGCUUCAGAAGGAGUUGAUGUCUCUAAUGAUGAGUGGAGGAGAACUUGGUGUAUCAGCUUUCCCUGAAGGUGAGAGCAUUUUUACAUGGAUUGGCACAAUCGAAGGUGGAAAGGGAACUUUGUACGAGGGUUUAUCUUAUAAACUGUCUUUGAGAUUUCCUAUGGACUAUCCUUUCAAGCCACCACUAGUCAAGUUUGAGACAAUGUGCUUCCAUCCAAAUGUUGAUCAGUUUGGCAACAUAUGUCUUGACAUCCUGCAGGACAAGUGGUCUUCUGCUUAUGAUUGCAGGACUAUUCUUCUGUCCAUUCAAAGUCUAUUGGGAGAGCCAAACCCAGAGAGUCCCCUUAACAGCUAUGCUGCUGCUCUUUUGAGUAACAAGGAAGAUUACAGAAAAAUGGUCCACAAACAGUACUUUGCUGGAGAAUCAUUUGAGAGCUGAUGUCUUACUACGGAUGACAGAGUUAUGUCAUUUGGGCACUCUUUCUUGGGCAGGGUAAAGUUUACAAUCAUAGAUAUAUAGUUACUUCAUAUUGAGACCCGGAAAUUCUUUAAACCUGGAGAAUUUGGUUGGUUUGAGUGUUUAACCAACCUAGAAGAAGCCAAAGGCAAUCGGAUUCUUCCCCUUGGGUAACUCUGUUAAUAUUGGCCUCCUGUGAAAUGUGAUAGUGAAAUAAUGACAAUAAGUUGUAAAUUGUUCAGUGAAUUUGAUUACUGUUUCUCUUCUGUACCCU